GUCGCCUAACGCGCUUCGCGAUCGAUUUGUGGCGCGCACGGCCGGGGAAAACCGAGGAAGAAGAGCAGGAAGGGCACGUGCAGAGACCGGCAGUGAGUGACUGUGUGUAGCUACGCUUUGUGCAGCAACCAACGACCAAAGAGACCCCGCCAGCCAUGCCAGCAUCGAAAGCGCCCCGUUCGCCGCGGCUGGACCCGCUUCACUCUCCAGGAAGCGACGUCCCAGCACAGCCGCCGCAGCUCCAGCCUCGCUCCCAGCAGCGAGCAGCUCCCUUAGUGCGCUUGACUCUCGGCCCAGAAGACGCCGGCCCGACCUUCCGACAGAACCGGGCGACAGCGGAGCCCAUGGUCAAGCCCAAGAGACGCAUGUUCUCGUCGCCCUUGCUGCGCCGCUCGGCCACGGCGUCGUCCGCGGCGGCAGCUUCGGCCGCCUCCAAGAUCAAGUCGAACCUGUCGACCGUCACCAAGCUGCCCACGGCGUUGAAGCGAUCCGCAACGACGCACUCCGCCGGGAAUGGCGCGGCUCCGUCCAACGACGACGACAAGGCGAAUGUCGACCGAGCUCCGACGAUUGCGUCGCUGUCCGGCAGCAACUCCAGUCCCGAAUCCGCCGCCAAGCAGCAGGAAGCGCCCAAGCAGCACAGCAACAAAAUGUUCAGCAUCCCGUCCAUGAUGCGCAUCCGGACCGGGUCCAAGGAGGACAAGCCGCAGGAAACCAAGGACUCGACGCAGGACAAGAACGAGCAGAGCAACAACGACACUACCAGCACCAGCAGCGAGACGGAGGGCGAUACCGAUGUGGAGUCGACGUCGCAGCCUCAGAUGUCGGCGAUCAACAGCGCGUCGCGGUUCGUCAUGGGCAUGCCCACGUUGCUGAGACGCGCGGUCUCGAACAAUGCGCCUGCGAGUGCUGCUGCUGCUGCCACCCAGAAGAAGUCGCCGGAUACCAGCGCCAACUCCACCCCGCGAGGACAGUUCCCCGAGGACGACUUCGAGGAGAACGAGCGGCAUUCGCUGCUCAUGAUGAUGCAGGUGCCUGAAUCUCGGAGGAACUCGCAGAUUCCGCUCAUGGCGGUCACUGAGGCUUGGUGA